AAGUAAAAUCGAAAGUAGCCACAACAAAAAAAAAGAGUCGCUAAUGAGCAAAAACACAAAAUACAUGUUUUUUAUUGAAAAUUCGUGAAUAAUUAACGCUGGCGAGUGCGAAAUAACAAACCGGGAGUACUUCGCGAGAACCUACACAUAGCAUUAGUGCCUCUCCGCAAAAAUACGCGUUAAUUAAUGUUUUUCCAGUGAAGGCCAGCAGUCACGCUCGCCUACGCCUUCUUGCUGGUUUGGUGGAGGUCAUCAUUUAGUUCGUUGUGUGUGCGUGCGUGUGUUUUGUUCUUCCGUUGUUGUCGUUCUCUCGGAUUUCUAUUGUUUGUCGGACGUGAAAAUAUUGUUGAAACAUUGCAAACCACUUAGUGUGUGCGUGUGGAGUUUUUGUGCAUUUGGGGUAUUGCAACAACUGCCGCCAUCACGUUAGCUUCCCAGCAGUUUUCCUUCAACGCCACCAUGCCGUUGGCAGAUCUGCAUAAAGAUCUAAGGCAACAGCAACAACUGGGCGUAACAGCUUCCAAUCUACCCUCCUCCUCGUCCAAUUGCCAACUCAAUGAACAUGUGGGUCUGGCACGCAUGCAGAUUACUUCCUCCGGCUGCAGCAGUCUGGCGGUGACCCCCAUGGAGCACACUCCCACGGAUGAGGAGAGUGCUGGCAUUACAACGGUCGCCACUUGUCAGAGGCGACAACAUCAUCAUCAUCAUCACCAGCAACUUGCACAGCCCAAUGAUCCAUUGGGACUUCGUAUUGAAUCUUCUUCGGAGCUGCAGGCAGCUUUGGGGAAACAAAAAAAUUUGGAGGCUUCCUCCUCAAAUGACCUAAUGGAUUUGAGCGAUUCCGAGUGUUAUUCAACAGCAACUCACGGCGAUGACUGCGAGAAUGAAUUUGAUAUACGAGAGGUCAUCAAGGAAGGCCAUGACAAGGCAGACCCUUCACAAUUUGAAUUGCUUCGUGUGUUGGGCGAAGGUUCUUUCGGCAAAGUGUUUCUAGUGCGUAAGGUUAUUGGCAAAGAUGCGGGAACUUUGUAUGCCAUGAAGGUCUUGAAAAAAGCCACCCUUAAGAUCAAGGACAGAGUGCGCAGCACAAACGAACGUAAAAUCCUGGCCGACGUUGGGCAUGCUUUUAUUGUAAAACUGCACUAUGCAUUCCAGACACCGGGAAAACUUUAUUUAAUAUUAGAUUUUCUAAGGGGUGGCGACCUGUUCACCCGCCUUUCCAAGGAAGUCAUGUUCACGGAGGAGGAUGUUAAAUUUUAUUUGGCCGAAUUAGCUUUGGCCCUCAAUCAUCUGCAUUCGUUGGGAAUUAUUUAUCGUGAUUUAAAGCCUGAAAACAUACUGCUGGAUGAGAAUGGUCACAUAGCGUUGACGGAUUUUGGUCUAUCCAAACAACCCUUAGAUGGCUCUAAGACCUACAGCUUUUGUGGUACCGUCGAGUAUAUGGCCCCGGAAAUUGUUAAUCGGAAAGGCCAUGAUUUUGCUGCCGAUUGGUGGUCGUUUGGUGUAUUGAUGUAUGAAAUGUUGACGGGAAAUUUACCAUUCCAUGGCCAAACGCGUCAGGAAACAAUGACACAAAUUCUUAGAUCUAAGCUGGGCAUGCCGGAAAAUCUUUCACCUGAAGCUCAAGCUUUGCUAAGAGCUCUGUUUAAGCGGAAUCCACAAAACCGUCUGGGUGCAGGCCCCAAUGGCAUACUGGAUAUCAAGGCCCAUUGUUUCUUUUCCACCAUAGACUGGCUGCAUUUGGAAAAGAAAGAGGUAAGGCCACCUUUUAUACCGGCUGUGUCGCGUGACGAUGCCUUUUACUUUGAUGUGGAGUAUACCUCAAAAUCACCUCGAGAUUCACCGGGCGGUCCCAUAUCGGCGUCGGCCCAUGAAAUCUUUAGAGGCUUUAGCUUUGUGGCGCCUAUGUUGCUGGAACAAACCCUUAACAAUCAAACUCAAUCACCACCCUCACCCUAUCUAGCGUGUCAGGAACCUGCCCGUACAUUGCCCGGUGUGCUGCCCGGCAAUUUCCACAACGAUUACAAUGUCCUGCAAGAAUUGGGACGUGGCACAUUCUCAGUGUGUCGCCUGUGUGAACACAAAUCCUCGAAGAAACAUUUUGCUGUGAAAAUAAUCGAAAAAGCCGCCUACAUGGCCAACUCAUCUUCGUCCGACUGUUGGGAGGAAGUGGAAAUUAUGUUACGUUAUGGAAAUCAUCCCAAUAUUGUUACCCUAUUCUCUGUCUAUGAGGAUGCAUCUUCCGCCUACUUGGUUAUGGAACUACUAAAGGGUGGAGAACUUUUAGAUCGAAUAUUGGCCGUUGGCCAAAUGUGUGAAAGUGAGGCUAGUGCUGUAUUGAGGACUAUGGUAUCGGCUGUUGCAUUUCUACACGAACAUGGUGUGGUACAUCGGGAUCUGAAACCUUCGAAUAUGAUUUAUGCUAGCAUGAAACAAACCCCGGAAACUUUGAAACUAUGUGAUUUAGGUUUUGCCAAACAAUUGCGUGCCGAUAAUGGUCUGCUGAUGACACCAUGCUAUACAGCGAAUUUUGUUGCCCCAGAAGUAUUAAAAAGACAAGGCUAUGAUUUGGCCUGUGAUAUAUGGUCUUUGGGUGUUCUAUUAUACAUAAUGCUCUCGGGUCGAACACCAUUUGCCUCAACGCCAAAUGAUUCACCAGAUGUGAUAUUAAAACGUAUUGGUUCGGGACAAAUUGAUUUCUCAUCAUCGCGAUGGUCCAACAUUUCGAGUGCGGUCAAGGUGUUAUUGGGCCAGAUGUUACAUAUUGUGCCAGAAAAUAGGCCAACGGCAGAGAAGAUACUACAGGAAACCUGGUUGAAGGAACAAUCGGCGGGUACGGUAAGAUUAACCGAGUAUUAUGUGCCACCCCAAAAUGCACAGCAGGCAGUCACAGGACAACAGCAGGGUGGUUACAAUGCCAACACCACGGGAAGUUUCACACAAAAUGCCAAUACAGCACGCGAGGCCAAUGCGGCUUUGCGUGGUGCAGUGGAUGCUACCUUCCGGGCCAUAGCUAUACCACAGGCUGCCAAUGUAGGACCAGUGGCUGAUUCAAUGCUGGCCAAACGGCGUGCCAAAGAUCGGGCCAAUGUACAGACGUAAUCGAAAGUUCAAAACUGGACUACAUUUCUCAUCAAAUUGAAGCUGAAAAUUUUAAGAUAAAAGUUUGAAAUUUGGAGUGUGUUGGGGUUGAAGAUUUUGAGAUUAGUAAAGCUUUAAGAACAACUGAAACUGAAAAACACACUCCCAACACAUUAAGACAAAAUUUACUAAAAAAAAAACAAAGAAAUUUAAGAAAAUCGCAUAACACGAGUUGUGAACCACUGGCUUACUUUUUUUCUAUUUUACGAACAAACAAGCAAAGCAACAAAAAGGAAUCCAAAUCCAAGAGCACAAAGUUUUUACUAAAGUAAAAGUAAACAAACAAACAAAUAAAGAAGAAUAACAAAACCGCAAAAAUAAAUAAAUCUACACUAUAUCUAUAUAUAUAUACAUAUAUAUAUAUACAUGAAGAAUAAAUACAUAGUAUGUAUAUGAAAAUAACUAUUGCUACCAAGAAGAGCUUCUUAAGAGGCCUUUUUCUUAAGAAGUCUCCUCUUUCAACAAUCUUCCAUUUAUAUAUUUAUCGCAAACAAGUUAAUUAUUUAUUUUAUAUAGCAAAUUAUAUAUGUAUAUGUUUUUUAAUCAUCAUAUUAUUUUAUAUAUAUAUUCACCACCCACCUAUCCAACUACACCUACAACUCUUACUAUUUAAAGCAUUUCUAAACUAAAUUUUUCUCUAAUUUCUAAUUUUCUAUAUUUCUGCUAUAUAGAUUUUUUUUAAUUUUAAAAAUUUUACAAUUCAUUUCUUGUAAAAAAACACAUCAUAACCAUUUUAAAAUUAUGAAAAAAAAAACACUUUUUAGGAAAUAUGUUAUAGUUGUAUUUCUAUUAUAAUUGUUUUUUUUUAUUUUUUUUUUGCUUGUAAUAAUUAAUAAUAAAAAAAAAACAAAAAAACAAUAGUGAACAUUAUUUAAGAUUUUCUUUUUCACCUUGCACAUGUUCUGCAUCGUACAAUGCUCUUUGUCGCCACUCCCACAUAGUCUUUGGAGGAUGAUGUUAAUGACAUUUUAAUCUUGGCCAAACGUAUGUGUCAUCAUCAUCCACCAUUGGAAGACCAAAACCACAAAUACUGCAUUGUUUGUUAUAUUAAAAUUAAAUGUUUCUUUUUUUGUUUUACGCUAAGUAACCACACAUUGGCAGAUAAAACCUUGCAGUUGUAUUUUUUUACUAUAACAGGUCUAUAAAAAGAUCCAUUUUAAAU